UAUAACGGAAGCGCUGCACGCAGCAAUGGCGAAGGAUACUCGAGUCAGCUUUGAUCCACCAGCUCAAGCGCCAAAUAAACCCAACAACAAAGCUCGCCAUGGGCGAGGCACAGAGAGACAAAUAUCCUACGAAGACGCCGAGAACUGUGUCAACGAAAUGAGCGAGUCUUUCCCCGCUUUGAGCACCCGCGCACAGAGGCUGAUGCGCCAAGUAUCCGGGUCGUUUAACAAUAGAACUAUGAAAGUGGCUCUGAUUCUCUCAGUAAUUUUAAACCUCCUACUAGGAAUUCCUUUCGGGAUCUUCUUCGGCUUCUGGAUGAGCCAGAAAAACGAGGCAUCUUUGAGUCCGUCGUCUAGAGAAGCUUCCUUGUCGUCAUCGUCUUCGCUGGACUCUUUAAAGCGAUUGGUUGGGGAGAAGACAUACUCAUUGCGAGAACUGUGCUUUCCAUGUUCAGACACUGACCUUGAACUCGACAACAGGGUCAAGGUUAACUCUAAAAAUAGCAUUUGUUGCACAGAAGAUAAAAUCCUACACGUGCAGGAUUCGCCUUAUUAUUGCGUCUCCGGUGACGUGUUUCGAAGGAGAUGCAUGGGCGGCGACCUGAGUCUGCCUGUAGCCCUGCCUUGCAAGAGUGGAUCAGAGAGCCGAGGGGCCGAAUCCGCAGCCCAUCUCAUGUUGGACGUUGAUGAAACCAAAGCCAGAAUGAAAAACCCAUCUCAUAACGAAAUCCCUCUGGUUUGGAUCACAAGAGACCCGGAGCACAGAACAUUCGUAGGUAAAGAUGUUUCCUAUUCCAGCGGUCACAUAACCAUUCAUAAAUCUGGAAAAUACCAUCUUUACAGUCACAUGACUUUGAGCUCCAAUGAGAACCCACUAUCGGAAGACGAAGGUGAAAGAAUCAUAGUCCAUUCACUUCUUUGGAAUUCCAGGGGCGUUUCCAAAAGUUUACUAUUCUCACAAGUGACUUUAAAACGAAAUGAAGUCAAAAGCACAAACAUUGAAGGUUCCUUUGAGUUGCUAGAUGGCGACGUGAUAUCGGUGUACCUCAGUCAUCCGUCGUUUUUAAAAAACAUACGUCCCGCAAACGUUUUUGGUUUAUUUAUGUUGUUAUAG